AUGCGCGGGAGGAAACCGCGAAGGAGGGAAGAAGAUGGCAACAAGGCAAAAGAGGUGGAGAGGAUGAACAACAGACAGGAAAAAAAAAGAAGGAAAUAUGAUGAAAAUUAUCUGGGUCUGGGCUUCACUUGGAUUGGUGAUACAGACUGCCCGAAGCCGCAGUGUGUGCUGUGUAGUGAGGUUCUAGCAAACAGCUGCCUGAAGCCUUCCUAUCUACGUCGCCACCUUCACACAAAGCACGCCAAUGUAAUUCAAAAGCCCCUUACAUUUUUUAAAUCAAAAUUGGAGGAGUUACAAAGCAGCCAAAAACAACUGCAGUUUCAUUCACAUGUUGGGUCUACAAAAGACGCAUUACGGGCUUCAUAUCUGGUCAGCUACAGAAUAGCGAGAAAGGGGUUGCCUCACACAAUCGCCGAAGACGUGUGCUUGCCAGCUGCCAAAGAGAUGGUGGGAUGUAUGAUCGGAGAGAAAGAAGCAACAAAGUUAGACAUGAUUCCAGUAUCCAAUAACACUGUGUCGCGCCGCAUCGAUACAAUGUCUGAAGACGUCCUGGCUACAUUAGUCCGCCGUGUGAGAGACAGCGAGUUUUUCUCUCUGCAAGUAGACGAGUCUACAGAUGUGGCAAAUCUGGCCAAUCUUCUGGUUUAUGUCCGUUACCUUUUUGAAGGCACGGUACAAGAAGAUUUUUUGUUCUGUCGGCCCCUUGCUACCCGAACAACAGGAGAGGAAAUCUUCAAUUUAAUUGAUGUGUUUAUGAGGACCAACAGGAUCGACUGGGCACGCUGCGUGGGUAUUUGCACCGAUGGGGCAAAAUCGAUGACGGGGAAGCACACAGGGCUGAUAGCUCAUAUCAGGAAAGUGUGUCCAUCCAUUCACUGGUUACACUGCAGUGUUCACAGGGAGGCCUUGGCAGCUAAAAACAUGCCAGCUGAUCUACUUUCAGUCCUGAAUGAUGCCGUGAAACUGGUAAACUUCAUUAAAGCUCGCCCGCUAAAUUCAAGGCUGUUCACACUCUUAUGCAGUGAGAUGGGCAGUGAACACAAAGCAUUGCUGCUGCACACUGAAGUGCGCUGGUUGUCUCGCGGCAAAGUAUUAACAAGGCUUUUUGAACUGCGACACGAGCUUCAGCAGUUUUUUGAGGACAACCCGUUUCAUUUGGCUUCCAAUCUGCAUGACGAAGACUUCCUGAAGAGGCUCGCCUAUCUGGCGGACAUAUUUUCUGCUCUGAAUGAGCUGAAUCUAAGUCUGCAGGGAGUCAGUGUUACGGUGUUCAACACACAAGACAAGAUCGAAGCUAUGGUGAAGAAGCUACGGUUCUGGGCGAGCUGCGUGAGUGGGAACACACUCCUGUGUUUCCCUACGCUCCACCAGUUCUUGGGAGAAAAUGACGUGCACCUGGGUGAGCAGGUGAAAACUCUCAUAGUUGAACACCUCAACCAACUCGCGGAGCAGCUACGGAAAUACUUCCCACCUAUAGAUGCAUCUCUAGCGUGGAUUCGCAACCCCUUUGAAGUUUCCCUCCCGGUCCCGCAGCUGUCAUUUCACCAGCAGGAACAGCUGAUCGAGCUGUCAUCUGAUGGAGCGCUGCAGUUGCAGUUCAAACGAAGGCCACUUGUGGAUUUUUGGACAGAGUCAAUGCCAUCAUACACAGUCCUGGCAAAGCAGGCCUUGAGACAGUGA